UGGUUUCAACAUGAUGAAGACUUGGAAUGCAGCCAUUGUGAUAGUUAUUAUCACUCCCAUCAGUGCUGAUCUUCCAGUAGAUACAAAUGAAUCAAUAUCGCUUUUUCGUGCUGUCAGUGAAAUAGUUCUUCGGUUACUUUCGGAUACUACAAUCAGAACGCUGCAUUUUCUCACAAAUUCCAGUGACCUAUCUUUAGAUGAUUUGCUCUCAAACAUUGGUGAAAAGAUUGAGCGUCCCGUUGAGAUAAAUAGUGGAAAUUAUCAAAAAGAUGAUGCUGCCAUCAUGUUUGUAGACUCUGAUUGGCUGGAAUACGAGGUUAUUGAUGAUUUCAAGCAGAUAAGCUUUCUUCUCUUGAUUGUGAAUGUGGUGAACCAAACCGAGUCUGUAACUUCGAUUGUAAGCAGUCUAAGGACUACCGACAUAGUGAGAAUUGCUAUCGUGUCGUACGAUACUAUGAAGUCAGCUGAGAACGCUGUAGUCAACAUUUCGGAAUACUCCAGAUACAAAACAAGGAACUGUGAAAAUAAUCACAUUUUAGUCGAAAUAUCUUUAAAAGCAGUGGGUUUUGAUUCAAUUCCGAGAAAUAUAUCUACAGAAAAAUCACACAUCGAUUUCCAAGGAUGUCUCAUGGACAUUGGAGUAGGAUUAUUGGCACCAUUUACUAUUGUCACACCAAAUGGAUGCGAGCUGAUGUAUUCAGGGCUAGAAGUGGAAAUGAUGAAAACACUGGCAGUGCAUUUCAAUUUCAAAAUGCGAUUUGUUCAUCCUCCAAAUGGAAUGCAAUGGGGCAUUCUGCGUGAAAAUGGUAGCACUGGUCUCAUGGCAAUGAUACAGGAUACUAAAGUGGAUUUUGCAAUAGGAUCGAUCGCCUGUUCUCUCAUGCGAAACAAACUGCUGAAAGGUGGAGUAGGAAGCUUCUAUGAUCAGUUGAUAUUCGGCAUGCCUAUAGGAAUCCCUUACACCCCACUGCAGAAGCUGGCUAUGCCUGUGACUAAUAGUGGCUGGAUUUUCAUCAUUUUAGCAUGUAUUGUGGUAUCGAUACUUUUUGCAUAUGAUGUAGACAAACAGUCUUUCGAUAAGCGAAAAUUUUCAUUGAUCGAUGUGUGGUUCAUACUCCUGGGAGGACUAAUGUACAACUCUCCAGAUAAAUUUUUUGGUAAACUUGUAUUGAUUGGAUGGUUGAUUGUGACUAUGAUUUUUAGAAAUGCUUAUCAGGCUAUAUUGUUUGACCACCUAAAAAGUGGGGUAGAAUUCGAGCCCAUCUUGACCUUAGAUGAUAUGUUCAGAGCAGGAUUAAAAUUUUACAUGUACAACGUUUCCCAGCGACAUUUUACAAGAAGCACGCAGAUCAUGAAGAGGGCAGUGAUAGUUAGUGACAAUGUGUCACUGCAGGAUGUUCUUGGCGAUAUUGCUGACAAUAAACUGAUGGCAGCGUUUCCACUGCCGAGGUCCAACAUAGACUACUUCAACAAGCUACGACUGUUCGGGUCAAAGGUUCACAUCAGUCGAUUCGUUAUUGAAAGUUAUGAGGUGGCAACACAUUACCCUAUCGAUUCUCCUUUGGUCGCACUUUUUGAUGACAUGGUGCUGAGAAUCCGUGCUGCAGGACUCCAUUACUACUGGGCUAGACAGCUUCAAGGAUCCGUUAUUGACGAUUUGGCGGAGCAUAAACAGCUGAAUUUGCAUAACCUACUAGCAGCAUUUAUCAUUCACAGGAUACUAUGCAGUCUCAGCUGCAUUGUUUUUAUUGUGGAAGUAUUUGUUGAAAAGAUAACUCGAUUGAUAUUCAUUGAAUAA